AUGGCAACUGCUGGAGUUGGCCCUGAUGGAGUGGCCCAGCCCCAUUCCUCUGGAAUCAAAGUUAUCAUUGUCGGCCUCGGAGUGGCUGGGCUCACAGCAGCAGUAGAAUGCCACCGUAAGGGGCACACUGUAAUUGCCUUUGAGAAGGUGAAGGAAAUGAAGCCUUUAGGGGAUGGAAUCGGCCUUGCAUCCAAUGCUGCCCGUGUCAUUUCGAAAUGGGGCGGCGGCAGCAUCCAAGAGACUCUGGAAUCAUUCACCUCGGUGAUGAAUCCGUCUGCUAUCUAUGACGAAACAGGCACGCUGAAGGCAAGGGCGCCAAUACCAGGUUACGGCAAAGGUGAAGGGUACCUCUUGCAUAGGGGAGACCUGGCAUUGACCCAGUUUGAUCAUGUAAAGAGUCUGGGUAUCGAUGUGCGCAUGGGGGUAUACGUCACGGAGUAUUGGGAGACAGAGACGGCUGCAGGCGUGAUUGUGGACGGAGAAAGAAUAGAAGCCGACUGCGUCAUCGCCAGUGAUGGAGUGCAUAGUCAGGCAAGGGGCCCAAUCACUGGCCAGUCUCCUCGUAUCCGGGCCUCUGGAAGAGCCAUUUACCGCGCUUGGUUUGAUGCUUCGGCGCUGGAGGGCGCUCCAGCGGCCAGCUGGAUAUUCGAGCCCAGGACUGAGGGUGCCGACAACGCCCAUAUAUUCCUGGCGCAGGAUGUUGUAUGCAUCAUGACAGAAGUUGAUGAUGUACUUGAAUACAUCAAGGACUGGCCUGCGAAGCCCAAGAUCGAGGCUGUGAUGCGAAGGAUUCCCUCUGGUAACCUUAUUGAUUAUCCGCUAUUAACAGGAGACCCAAUUGAGAAUUGCGUGUCCAAAGGUGGAAGAAUGAUUCUCAUUGGCGAUGCUACUCACCCAUAUCUACCUACUUCUGGCCAAGGUGCCUGCCAGGCCAUCGAAGAUGGAGCAGUUGUUGCAAUAGCUCUGGAGCUUGCCGGGAAAGACAAUGUGCCUCUGGCUCUAGAGGUCACCAAAAGAAUGAGGGCUCAAAGAACCACUGAGAUCCAUAAGCUGGGUUUAUCCGCGCUUGAAUCACUUGUCAACCCUGAUUGGAGCGAGUCUGAAAAGAACUCUAAGCUCUUAUCGAUGCCAAACCCUGGGUGGGUUUUGAACCAUGACUGCCAAAAGUAUGCCUACGAGGAGUACAGCAAAGUGGUUGCAUCCAUCAAGGACGGGACUGAGUACAAGCCCCUGAAUACACCUGCAGCACAAGUGUCAAACUAG